AAAGGUUCCACGCUCCACCUCUCCUCUCCUCUUCCAGAUGGAGCCAACCAUGGAGUCCAUCUUUUCCAUCUUCCAGAGCCCCGGGAGCAGUGAUUCUGCAGGGUAUCCAGGGGGCUUCGUUCUGAGGGACACCGAGGAAGAGAAAGGCAUCCCUGAAGACCUCCAGCAAGAGGAGCUGCCUCAGGUACCCCCAGAGAAGGGGGCAGCCUGUAAUGAGCCCCCUCCCCAGAAAAGAAGCUCCGUGAAACUCGUCCUCAGCACCGAUGACCAGAAACCGUCCCCGGAGCAGAAACCUUCCUUCAAGUGUCCGGAAUGUGGGAAGGGCUUCAAGGGGCACUGCAUGCUCCUGAACCACCUGCAGAUCCACAGCAGGGACAAAAGGUUUGUGUGUGCAGAAUGUGGGAAGAGCUUUAGCAGGAAGGCCAACCUGGUGGUUCACCAGAGAGUCCACACGGGAGAAAGGCCCUACAAGUGCAAGGAAUGUGAGAAGGCCUUCAGCUGUGCCUCCAACCUCUUUGCUCACCAGAAAACCCAUCUGAAAAAGAAAGCCUUCUCCUGCACCAUGUGCAGGAAAAGCUUCAGUGGCAGCAAGGGUCUCCUGCAGCACCAGAGGGUCCAUGCGGGUGAGAAGCCCCACAGGCGUCACGAGGGGGGAAACAGCUUCCCUGUGAGCCCAAACUCCAUCAAACAUCAACACCUGAGAGAGUGUCCCAGCACCCAGACAGCAGCUGCAAACCAGCCUGAGUUUACGUGUGUGCAUCAUAAAGAAGAGCAAAGGUGCAGUGCAGAGAGAGAUCACUCCAAGCUUGUUUUUGAAGAGUUGAGGAAAGUAAGGGAAAACAUGGAUAUGCUUCUCCUAAAUCACCAAAGUCAGCUGCAGGUCCUGCAGGAAAUUCAGAAGCAACUGAAUGUCCUGGUCCCAGGCAAUGCCCUCCUGAAUUCCAAUGUUUACAGCCUGGGAGUUCUGCUGGGGCAGCAGGCGGCUGCGGCAGCUGCUGUUUCGUGCCCCCUUCUCAAUCCCAGCAGCCUCCUCUGCGAAAAUGCCGCUGCCUUAUCCCCUUCAUCCGCCCCUGGAAUUCUGCCUGCCGCUCAGCUGCCAGGCUCUCAGGAUCCUGCAGCUCCCAAAGCCUGCUCGGCGAGCCUGUGCUGUGAGCGAGGCCAGUGCAAACACAAGUGA